AUGAAUAAAAUAGCAAUCGGGCAAUUAUGCUCUUCCGCUAAUUUGAAGGCUAAUUUAGAUACUGUAAUAAGACUAAUAAGUGAAGCAAUUGAUAAUGAUGUUAAAGUAAUUUUUUUUCCUGAAGCAAGCGAUUAUAUUGCCCAAAAUUCUCUUCAUUCCAAAUAUUUAGUUCAAAAGAGUCCUGAAUUUGUAACGAAAUUACAGAAAAGUAUCAGGAACUUAGUUCUACAAAAAGGGAAACCAAUUGAUGUGUCAAUUGGUGUCCAUUUACCAAUAUCUACGAACGAAUCUUCUAUUUAUGAUAAGAACCACAUCAAAAACGAUGAUAGAGUACGUAAUAUGUUAUUAUACAUCAAUCAUAAAGGUGAAAUAAUCGACCGAUAUCAAAAAUUACAUCUUUUUGAUGUAGAUAUACCCAAUGGUCCCAUAUUAAAAGAAUCAGAAUCUGUCCAACCUGGUAAACAUUUACCAAAUAUCAUUGAUACACCCGUUGGGAAAUUGGGGAGUGCAAUAUGUUACGAUAUAAGGUUCCCUGAAUUAUCUUUGAAGUUAAGAUCCACAGGAAGCGAGAUAAUUUGUUUCCCAAGUGCAUUUACUAUGAAGACAGGUAAAGCACAUUGGGAACUAUUAGCACGUGCUAGAGCCAUUGAUACACAAUGUUAUAUAGUAAUGCCUGGUCAAGAUGGAAUUCACAAUACCAAUGAUCCAAAAUGGUCCAACUUAAAUAAGAAUAUGACAACUUCAACAAUAGCAGAAAAUAUAAUACAACGGCAAUCAUGGGGCCACUCAAUGAUAGUAGAUCCAUGGGGCACUGUUAUAGCCAAAGCAGACCCAGAUAUUCAAGGUCCACAGCUGAUCUUUGCUGAUGUAGAUCACCAAGUAUUGAGGGAAAUUAGAAUGAAAAUGCCUCUUUGGCAGCAACGUAGAAAAGAUAUAUUUAUGUGA